AUGACGCUAGGAUGGGCUGCCAGUCUGUCACCGCGGCUCUCAAGAAGACUAACCACCAAUAUCCUUGCGAUUACUGUUUCAUGCCUUAUUUCAUGCCUUACUCUAUUCCUCCUCCUCCCCGAUGCGCCACCGUUGGCCGUCUCAUGGCUCCCAUCAGAGGAUGGAUCAUCGUUGAUCAAUCUUCCAGAAUGUGGGCCGGAGCGGACCCGUGUUGCAUCGCCAGAAAUAUGGAACGCCGCAGAGGCGAAAUAUCGACACCUGAUGGAUGAUAAAUUCACAAUUACAAUCUUGACAUACAAUCGGCCAUAUAUUCUCAACGAUACCCUGGAAUUCCUUACCAGUGAAAUGGUUCCAUCAUUGCAUGAAAUCCUGAUAGUAUGGAACAAUCAGGACGAGGAGCCACCGAUGAAUUAUCUAUCCGCCCACAACGUCUCGGUGCGCUACAUAGAGACCCCACGCAACAGCAUGAACAUGAAGUUCGUCCCAUACCCGGAUUAUCAGACCAAGGCCGUGCUGCUCCAUGAUGACGACCUUCACUACGAGCUUCUAGACAUGGAAUUUGCAUUCCAAGCUUGGCGGAAGCAAGGCCAAUACCAGAUCGUCGGCGCCUACUCCCGUUGUGUCGUCAUGGACGAGCUACAGCGUUUGGUGACACACAAUUGUGCUGAUCUGGGCUACUAUAACUUGAUGCUUACUGGUCUGCUCUUCACGCAUAUCUCCUACCUCGACUACUUCUCUUCAAAUGACCGAUUGAUGAGGCAAAUCCGGAAUUACAUUGACAGCGUGCGCAACUGCGAUGAUAUUGCGUUCAACUACAUGGCUCAAAUGCUAUCGUGUACCGGUCCUAUGCAGGCCACGGGGGAUUUUAUGCCAUUCAAUGCGCUCCCCCCGGUAGCUAUCAGCACGAGUAUAAACUACAUACCAACUCGGCGUCGAUGUGUGAACGAUUUCAAAGACAUGUUCGGAUACAUGCCUUUGGAGAACACUACAGGACACCUUACACGUGGAACUCUGAUCUGGUAA